GCCCUAAAACAACGAACAUCAAAAGCAAGAAAACAAAUUACAAAGGUAGACAAAGAUUCUGAACGGCGCAAAGUUGCAUAGCCAUGGAUUCCGAGUUUCCCAACAAAGCAUUAACCACCACUCGCUUUUCCGACCUCAAACCCCCACUUUCCGAUCCCGUUCUCCAAGCCCUCACACACUCCGCCUUCGAUUUCUGCACUCCCGUUCAAGCUGCCACUAUUCCCUUACUCUGCAGCUUCAAAGACGUCGCUGUCGACGCCGCCACCGGUUCCGGCAAAACCCUAGCUUUCGUCAUUCCACUUGUCGAGAUUCUUCGUCGCUCCUCUUCCAAUCCCAAACCUCACCAGGUUCUGGGGAUAAUUAUAUCUCCUACAAGGGAACUAGCAUCCCAAAUAUAUCAUGUUGCACAACCUUUUAUUUCAACCUUAGCGAAUGUUAAAUCAAUGCUACUAGUAGGUGGAGUGGAAGUGAAAACCGACAUGCAGAAAAUUGAGGAAGAAGGUGCAAAUGUAUUGAUUGGCACGCCGGGUCGAUUGCACGACAUUAUGAAUAGGAUGGAUGUUAUGGAUUUCAAAAGUUUUGAGAUUUUGAUUCUGGACGAGGCUGAUAGGCUCUUAGAUAUGGGAUUCCAGAAGCAGAUAAAUGCUAUCAUAACUCAGUUACCUAAGCUUCGAAGGACUGGUUUAUUCUCGGCUACUCAAACUCAGGCUGUGGAAGAGCUUGCCAAAGCAGGGUUGAGGAAUCCUGUGCGGGUUGAAGUUCGAGCGGAAACAAAAACUGCAAAUGGUGCUGCAGCAUCAAAUCAACUAGAAUCUUCAAAGACACCUUCAGGUCUUCACACUGAGUACUUGAAAUGCGAGGCUGAUAAGAAGCCGUCGCAGCUAGUAGAUUUCCUUAUUAAGAACCGCUCAAAAAAAAUUAUAAUAUAUUACAUGACUUGUGCUUGUGUUGACUAUUGGGGAGUUGUUCUUCCUCGCCUUUCUGUUUUGAAAGACUUCUCCUUGAUUUCUCUUCAUGGAAAGAUGAAGCAGACUGUGAGGGAGAAGGCACUAGCUUCAUUUACAUCCCUCUCAAAUGGAAUUCUUCUGUGUACGGAUGUUGCAGCACGUGGACUUGACAUACCUGGCGUUGACUGUAUAGUGCAGUAUGAUCCUCCUCAAGACCCAAAUGUUUUCGUACAUAGGGUUGGUCGAACUGCUCGGCUGGGUAAACAAGGACAUGCGGUUAUCUUCUUAUUACCAAAGGAGGAAUCUUAUGUAGAAUUCUUGCGUAUAAGAAGAAUUCCACUUCAAGAAAGAACAUGCUCCGACAAUGCACCUGAUGUUAUACCCGAGAUUCGUACUGCGGCAACAAAAGAUCGCGAUGUCAUGGAGAAGGGAGUCAGGGCAUUUGUUUCUUACAUUCGGGCUUAUAAAGAGCAUCACUGCUCUUAUAUUCUCAGGUGGAAAGAACUUGAGAUUGGCAAAUUAGCCACAGGACAUGGCUUAUUGCAACUUCCUUUAGUGCCGGAGGUAAAACGCCACUCACUAUCCACUGAGGGGUUUGAACCUGUGAAAGAUAUCAAAUUCGAGGACAUUAAGUUCAGGGAUAAAUCAAGGGAGAAACAAAGGAAGAAAAAUCUGCAAACAAAGAAAGAAGCCAAAGAGAAAGAGCCAAAACCUAAAAAGCUAAAGAAAACUCCCAAUGUACCCGAUGUCAUGAGGAAGAAAACAGCCAAACAAAGACGUGCUCAGCAGACUGUUGAAGACGAUGAGGAGUUGACGCAAGAAUACCGCUUGUUGAAGAAAUUGAAGAAAGGGGUCAUAGAUGAGGAUGAAUAUGCCAAAUUGACAGGCACAGAAGACUUACUUUGAAAGCAAAGUUUACAUGUCUGAUUACACUACCAUGAACAUCGCUGUUGGUAUUGUAAUGAGUGCAGAACUGGUUGAAUGUUCUUAAGAUAACCAAUGGUUCUUCUCUGGGCAUACUCUAAAAGAUCUGACAUAUAUACAUCUUUCCAUGGUGAUGGACCUCAGAGUUCAGUGGACCGAUAGAGACCUUAUCACCCAUAGAUGGGCUGAAUGACAUUUAUGGAUUAAUGUACAUAGAAAGUGUCGAUGGUGCGGAGAUUUGGAAAGGGUACCCUUGAUUAGAGAAAUAGUCUUUUAAGUUUAUGAACCUCAUGAAGAUUGACUUCAUCCAGAAUUUUGUAGUAUUUUUAAUGUUCUUCACUUAUUAAUUUUUCAUGUGCCGUUGUUUAGUCUGAUAGCAUAGAAGUUAACUUAUGUUCUAGGUAUUUGUAACAUUAAUAAACAAACUCAUACUUAACAUUAUGUAUUGAAUUUAACUUUGCUAGUAUGAUUUCUGUAAUGGGAAGAAGUUUUUCCAUC